AUGAGCUCCUUCAUGAAGAAGACUGAAGAAGAUAUGGCACAACUCAAAGACAGUCUCGAAACUCAGAAGGCACGGAAUACUCAACUAGGGACCUUAGUCCAACAACUCGCGCAAUCCUGCAACAUACAACCAGAUGCUAUGAUGGAACUCAAACAGCGUAUGGAUGAGCUUUCCAAUCAAGCUGACGGACAAAAGACUACUGCUGUGGCGAAGCUCACGAAGACAAGUCGGCAAAUUCGAGAGCUAGAUGAGCGGCUGCAAAGGUCGGAACGUAGGAGCAAUAUGGACAGUCAAAAUCUUAUGGAGCUAGAAAUGGACGUGGAGCACCGUUUCGAGACAGCAGUAAUCGUUGCUCAAGAGGACCUGCGACACCACCAUGAUAUGGUACAGUCAGAAGCGAACGAGCACACAGAGACACUAUUGAAGACUGUCAGAGUACUGGAUUCCAUCAGUCAACGAGUCAGCGUACUCGAGGCUGCGCAAAACUCACAUGAAUCGACGACCAGGACCUGCCAGGCCGCCACGACUUUGCUCGAACCCCUGUACGAGCGUGUGGAACCAGUAAAACUCGCUUCUACCGCUUCCCAGAUGGACGAUUUGAUCCACCCGACGCUGAGGAUAAUUGAUUCCAAACUCAAAAACCUUCGAUUCGAUGUCGACACACUAAGAUCGCGCUCGGAUACCGAAAUUGUCGCAUCUGCCAACUUCAAGAAAAGACUUGUUGCACUAGAGGAAGGUAGUGGAAGUGUGGCAUCAACUAAGAUUAAGGAAACACUUACUGGGUUAGAGGAGAAAGGCCGAGAUAUGAUUAAUCGUGUACAGUCGGCACUGGCCAACAACCUGGAUGAGCAGAAGGAUUCACUUGCCAACCUAGCCAAUCCACGUCCUGAAGUUGAGAUGACUGAUGUACAUCCAUUAGCCGACAGCUCGAACAGCAUAGAGCAAUUACACGCAAUACAUCAGACACAACAGCAGCAAGUUGAUCUCCUACCACCAAAACGAACUCAACAGUAUCGACAAGGGAUACCACAAUCCUCAACCACCGGGCCAGUAUCAUUCCCCAUGCCACCUCCCGUUCCACCAUUAAUCCGACAUGGUGUCCCACGAGCAGUAGUCACGAGACAAGACAUACGCCAGGAUCACAUCUCUAUGUAA